AUGGCAAGCCAAUCUCCCAACCUCUACAGCUUCUCAAAUACCGAUGCGCUCGCCCAACAAUUGAGGACAUACGUCCUGAAGAAUCAGAACUCCGCCCUCGCCCGCCACGACACCUUCCGCGUUGCAGUUUCCGGUGGCUCCUUGCCCACAGUACUCGCCAAAGCCCUCCUUGCACCAGGCAACGGAACCCCCGACGACACGGCCCAAUUCUCCAAAUGGGACAUCUUCUUUGCCGACGAGCGCGCCGUGCCCCUCGACCACGCAGACAGCAACUACAAAUUACUGAAGGAUGAACUAUUGAGCAAGAUCCCCACGGAACUGGGUGAGCCCCGCGUGCACACCAUCGAUCCCACCCAUGUCAGCGACGAGGACCCCCAGGAGCUAGCAGAUCUGUACCAGGAGGAGCUGAUGCACAUUUUCGCGGCCAAGGACAGCGUCAAGUUGCCGGUGUUUGAUCUGAUCCUGUUGGGCUGUGGCCCCGAUGGCCACACCUGCAGUCUAUUCCCCGGGCACGAGCUGCUUCGGGAGAAGGACGCUUGGGUGGCCGCCAUUAGCGACUCGCCGAAGCCCCCGCCGAAGCGCAUCACCCUCACUCUGCCCGUGGUUACCCACGCCGUGAACGUGGCCUUUGUCGCUACCGGCGGUGGAAAGAAAGAUAUUAUGAAGCAAAUCUUCGACUCCGAAGAGGGCAGGAGUCUUCCCUCUUCUCUUGUCAACCAAGGUGCUGGUGACAAGGUCAGCUGGUUUACUGAUCAUCCUGCCGUGGAGGGUGUUUCUUUCCCGAGACGUGGAAGUUUGUAA